CGACUUAAAUGCAGAGAUUUCAUAUACAUGGACGCAGAUAACCGCUGGCUCCGGAUCUUUCUUUCAUAUGAAUUCGAAUGGUAGGGUACUUCUUAUGACGUAUCCAGCAAUAUCUAUGACGUACGGCGAUAUAUUUACGUUUACCAUAACAGCGACGGACCACGGAACGCCACCGCUGUCAAGUACAACAACACUGGAUAUAAUUUAUAAGGAGACCAACAAUACAGCCAGCGUUACGACAAUAGCUGUCACCACCACCACCACAACAACAACAACAACGGAAACCACGCCCACAACAACCUCGUUCUGGGAUGAACCGGUUAACAUAAUGGUAGUGGUUCUAUCUGCUGUAAUUGGAAUUCUUCUAGCUGCCCUAGCGUUAUACUUGUGUACGAAAAAAUUCAAAACAUUUAAGAAAUGGAAAAACGGACGGGCAAAGGUUACCAAGCGGAAAGUACAACCAAAACCAGAUCAAGACAAAACAACAUUCGAUUUUUGGAACCAGAACCAAAUGGAACUGUGAUCUGUUCCAAGACCCUGACAACCGAGACUUUACACAAAUAUGAAAAUGUUCUGUUGUUUUAUUUGUAUUGUAAUAUAUAAUAUUGUAUUUGAAUAAUAUAGUAUUCUCUAUAAGAAAUUCAAUUCAAAUAUCGGCGAAAACACAUUUGUGCUAACCUUGGUGAUAGGUCUUGUUUCUAAAACCUCAUUUUGUAUGCUUAAAUUCAGUUUCUUCAGUAAAAAAGAAAUGAAAUUAACAAUACCUUUUUGUUGAAAAUGUACACGUCACUAGACAUUGUAUUAUGUAAGAGGCUACCUAAGAGGAGCAGUGACCUAGUAAUUAAGUUAUCUGCCUCUAAACCCAGAGACCGUUGGUUCGAGUACUACUUGGGUCACGACCAUCAUGUUUCCUCAUUAUUUUGAAACCAGUACUUGUAUAGACUCGAUAAGUUUGGCAGUCG